UGCGCGCGCCGGUCCUUCCCUUUAAACGGAGCGCAGCGGCGCUCGCUGCUCUUCGGGAGACCUACUGGCUGUUAAUUAUGGGUCACGUUGUUGUCCCGUUUAAUCUGACGGGACGGUAGGAGCAGGCUUUCGGUAUCGCUUCUAAUCGGAUUUGCCUCUUUUUGACUCGAUCGUGAGGAAGAGGUCCUUGAUUCGAGGGGAGGGGGGGGGGGGGAGCCGUGUGGAGCUGAAAUGCGAAAAAUGAUCCAAUUCUUUUUUUCAUCUUUUUUUCUCCGACUAAUUUUAUAGCAUUCCGGAGACAUCGGGUUGGCGUGUUCUGCAGCCUGCGUGAGACACGCGGGGGGGCGGGGGGGGGGGUCGUCGUUAUUGAGCCAUUCGCCGACUAGGUUCUCCGGAACCAUGUGAGCGCGUUUGGACCCAGCGGGUUUCCCUCUGCGCCUCCGCACCCACAGAGCCGCUCACAAUGCCGAGGGCUUUGCGCAGGCUGCUCCAUCUGGUGCUGUUCUGUCCUCUGUCCAAAGGGCUGCAGAGCCGUCUCCCAGCCAUCAAGGUGAAGUACCUUCUCCUGGCAUGGCUGGGCAUCCUCGUUGCCAGCUGGGUCGUCUACAUGCAGUACGCCUCGUACGCGGAGCUCUGCCGCGGGCACGUCUGCCACGUGGCCAUCUGCGAUAACUACAGAAGGGGAAUAAUAUCCGGCUCCUCCUGCAAGGCGCUGUGUGAGCAGAGAACUCUGACCUUACAGCACUGCAUGUCCACCUCCUCCACACAUCAGGUGUACGGGGGACUGUGGAAGGAGGCACCCGUCGUGAUCAAGUGUGGGAUCGAGGACCCGGCCAAGACGGGUGGGGCUCCCGACUCUGUGCUGCAGCAGGAGAUGGGUUCGUUUGACAAACCCACUCGUGGGACCUCGAUGGACGAGUUUAAAGAAAUGCUGCACAGUUUUUUCAAGGCUAACCUGGGCAAGCAGGCGUCCCUCAGCGCCUUGGUGGACAGGGUCAUUCUCCUCGCUGACGUCAACCAGGACGGCAAAGUGUCUCUAGCCGAGGCCAAGUCCAUCUGGGCCCUUCUCCAGAUCAACGAGUUCCUUCUGAUGGUGGCGCUGCAGGAGAAGGAGCACGCCCCCAGGCUGCUGGGUUUUUGCGGGGACUUGUACGUAACGGAGCACGUGGGCCACAGCUCCCUCUACAGGCUGGAGGUGCCGCUCUACCUGCAGCCCCUGGUCCCGGAGGCCCUGAGCUCCAGCCUGAACCACUGGCUGGCGCCGUCCUGGCCCCGCAGGGCCCGCAUCACCAUCGGCCUGCUGGAGUUCGUGGAGGAGGUCUUCCACGGGUCCUACGGCAGCUUCCUGAUAUGCGACGCCAGCCCCCGCCACGUGGGCUACAACGCAAACUAUGACUGCAAGAUGGCGGACCUGCGCGGCGUGGCCUCCGAGGCGGUCGUGCGGGGAUACUUGAGGGGCCGCCGGUGCGAGACCAACGCCGACUGCACCUUCGGCCGGGACUGCACGGCCACCUGCGACCGGCUGGUGAGGCAGUGCAACACGGAGGUCGUGCAGCCCAACCUGGCCAAGGUGUGCGUGCUCCUGCAGGACUUUCUGCUGUUCGGAGCGCCUGCAGACCUGCAGGGGGACCUGGAGAAGCAGCUGCGCACCUGCGUGACGCUGAGCGGUCUGGCCAGCCAGAUGGAAGUGCACCACUCGCUGGUCCUGAACAACCUCAAGACGUUGCUGUGGAAGAAGAUUUCUAACACGCAGUACUCUUGAAAUUGGGUUGAGGGCCUGUACGCUCUUUAUUUCAACUGUGACGUGACCACAAAGCUGGACCGUGAAUUGCUGAUUAUAGAAUAUGAAAGAAAAAUUAAAGAUUUUGUUUUCUAAAUAAUUUCUUUGAGAAGCACAUGUAUCUCUUUGUACAUUUUUUUUUCUCAUGGCACUGCCUUUAACAUUGUUAAAAAAAAUAUUUUCAAAAUAAUUUAAUGUAAUUUCCUAGAAUCAGAACGUAAAAAUUUGACAGUGCCAUUUUUGUAAAUAUUCGAAUGUUCUUGUUUGAUUAUUAAUGCAUCUUAAGACACAAAUAACAGAAAAUACAUGAGUUGCACUGACAUGUCCCUCUGGUUAUGUAUCUUAUCAAUGUCUUUGAAUUGAUGAUCAGACAUUUAACAUCAGUGACCUUUAAAUUCAGAAAUAAACCUGAGUUGGUUCAGCCCAUUCCUUCUCAGCUCUGGUGAACUGCG